AUGUUCUUGCUGCAAGGCAGAGUCACUGCACCACAGUGCCGCCAACUGUUCAGAGAUGUCGGGAUGCAGAGGGAUUUAAUCCCUGUCGGCAGAGAGGUGGCCGGGGUCGUCCUUCAAGUUGGUCCCAAGGUUACCUUCUUUCAGCCGGAGGACGAGGUUGUAGGUAUCCUUCCCCUGGACUCCAGCUUCUCAGGACUCUGUGAGGUCAUUGACACCGAUGAAUAUUAUUUAGUUCAGAAGCCAGAGAAGCUCAGCUCGGUGUGUGUGGCAGCAGCGCUGCGCGACGGCCUUUGCGCUUACACUGCUCUGCACACACAUGCUCGUAUGGCAGCCGGACACACGCUCCUGGUCACGGACGGAGCCAGCUCUUUUGGCCUCAUGUGCAUCCAGCUGGCUUGUUACCACGGGGCGAAGGUGCUGACGACGUCACACUCGCCGCAGAAUCACAGUUUCCUGGAGCAGCUUCGGCCCAGCGUAGGUGUUCAGGAUCCCUUAGUAGCCAGAGUUAUUCCAGUGUAUAACAGCUCAUCAGAACUGCUGUCGGCGGUUAUGGAGGAGACGGGAGGACUGGGAGUGGAUAUCGUUGUUGACUCUGGAGUUCGUCUGCAUGAAGGGGAGGAGGAAGUGGAGUCAGAAGAGAAGAAAUUACUUCCACACAAAUAUGAAAUCAUCAGUGUGCUGGGAGUGGGCGGCCACUGGGUUACAUCCCACCAAGACCUGCAGUUGGAUCCUCCAGAUUGCAGAUUACUUUAUUUAAAAUCAGCCUCUGUGUCCUUCCUCAACCCUGAAGUCUGGACAGCAUCAUCAUCGCAGCAAGGAAGAUACCUCCAUAUUCUGAAGGAUAUUGUGGAGAAGAUGUCAAGCGGAGUACUCAGGUAA